GGCAGUUUUAACCCCUGAAUCGUCAAAACGGCAACGAUCAGAGAUUUCAGAAUGACAUGUUGCCCUUGCCCUCAUAAGCUUUGCUUUUGGCGUUCUUUAUCAAUCUUUUUCGCUUUGCGGGCAGCCGGGGAACGUAUUAAGCUUCCUGCAUUAUAUUAAUCGGUCGCUUUUUCUAUAUUCAGCAUCUGCACACAUCAGCGUGCAAAAAAAGAGCGCUGGGCACUGUCUUGAUCAUGGAUGACACCGGUAUUGUCAUCGACCCUCAAUUGCCCAAGACCGACAUCAUCGUCUUGAACAAUAUCAUCGGCGACAUCCGCGAAGCAAGGGCAUCGAAGGCUUCGUCGGGCUCGGAGACAUCCUCUGGUGUCGCGACCCCUGAUGAAAGCGAUGAAGCUUCCUCUAGCGGCCGUUCUUCAGCGAGCGCAGGCACUCGCCGUGGGCGGCGUACACCGCCAGAAUCGGAGCGAUUGAUUUCCGAUAACGGUGGCCAAAGUAUGUGGCGGCAUAUGAAUGAUUAAUGCCUUUUCUUUUUAAUUGCUUUCAAUCAGUGCAGUCAUUUCAGAUCACAUUCCAGUAGCUUUUCGACUUUUGUUAUCUUGUUUCUUUCAUUUGUCAUAUGAACUGCCAGCAGCGGCAAGCGGUGAUUGGGAUGCCCGCCACAGAGCGGCGUUAGAGUCGCUCGAGGCGAUGAGCGACCCAAAGCAUGCAGACUUUGAGCCUACCGUCUUCGUCUCAACCGAUCUCCGGGACCUGCAGCUUCCCAAGGCCGUCAACCACUGGCUGCUGCAGCCCUACAUCCGCUGGGCGCAGGGGAUCGUGCGCACCAAGACGGACGUUGUCAUGUGGACGCAUCUGCUCAUCUACUUCACCACCACCAUCCCGAGCGCCGCGUACCUGCUCCUUGUGCACUUUUCCUGGACCCACGGCGUGCUGCACUUCCUCAUGCAGCUCUUCUACAUGCCCACGUACACGCUCAUGAUGCACCAGCACAUCCACCAGCGCGGCGUGCUGGCCAAGAGCUGGGCCUGGCUGGACCGCUCCUUCCCCUUCGUCCUGGAUCCACUCAUGGGCCACACCUGGAACUCGUACUACUACCACCACGUCAAGCACCACCACGUCGAGGGCAACGGCCCAGGAGACCUGUCGUCGACUAUCUACUUUCAGCGCGACAACGCCUGGCACUUUGCCCAGUACGUCGGCCGCUUCUACUUUUUGGUCUGGCUGGACCUGCCCCUGUAUUUUAUGCGCAAGAAGAAGUACGAGCUGGCCGCCCGUGCCGCAUGGUCCGAGUGCUUUAGCUACUUUGCCAUGUAUUGCUUGUGGAGGUUUCUCGAUUCUAGAGCUGCCUUUAUGGUUGUCAUACUCCCAUUCCUUCUGCUGAGACUGGCUUUUAUGGCUGGAAACUGGGGACAGCAUGCGUUUGUGGACUGGGAGGAUGCGGAUUCUGACUACAGGUCCAGCAUCACUCUGAUUGACGUGCCGAGCAACCGGUACUGCUUCAAUGACGGCUACCACACUUCUCACCAUCUCAACCCCCUGAGACAUUGGCGCCAGCACCCAGUGUCUUUCAUCAAGGAGAAGGAGACGUACGCUCGCGAGAAGGCCCUCGUCUUCCACGGCCUCGACUUCAACAUGAUCACCAUCAAGUGCCUGCAGAAGGACUACAUGUACCUGGCUCAGCGCCUGGUGCCUCUGGGUGACCAGGUGCACAUGACCAUGGAGGAGCGCGCCGAUAUGCUCCGUCAGCACACGCGGCAGUUCACCAAGGAGGAUAUUGCGCGCAAGUUUAGGACUACUUCGUGAGAUUGCGUAUCGCUUGACUACAGGCAAAGAAGGUUCAGAUUUCAUUGGUCAAUUAUUGACUUUACAUGAGGCGACAACUCUCAAGCAGUCCAUAGAUAUGAUAGAUCAGCCCUUAUGACUAGUGUGCAGAUGCACAGAGUUGACUCGAUUUGACGACUGGAUAAGAAGCAGCAUUCAAUACGAACAAGAGAAAUAUGCUACAGGAAUAGCUUAUGGAGAACGAGUAUAAAUCGAGAUUUAAUUAGUGUCAAGUGUUUUUGGCAGAAAGACAGUAUGAAAUUCUAGAUCACCAG